UUGAUCGGUCGUGCAUGAGAUGGAAGCCAUUUCCUAUCGCACUUUAUUAUCAUAGUUCACGUAAUAUUUGUGUUAAUGCACAACCAAAAAUUGGGUCUUAGCUUAAAUAAGGGCUUUCAGCGUCGCCUUGUAUUCAGAGAAAGGGAUAGUCUGUUUUCCGAUAUAUUCCCUCGGACAAAUUCGGCCCAAUUCGGUAGAGGCCGGAGAAAUGGAUGAGUCUGAAUCGGCAACGAAGGGACUCGGGUUGGAGGAGGCGUCCGAAAGUGCUGCCGUUGUGCCGGUAGUGGAGGGGGAGGGCUCGGAUACUGAAUCGGAGGCCGAAGUUGCUACGAUGACUGUAAUGGGUGAACCGGGAAAUAUCGAAAUCGGAGCCGAGUCCUUACCGAACGCAGACGAGGCAGAGACUGCGUUUGCAGAAGUGACCACUGUGACUGUGGGAGAUGUGCAGGCAGGAGGAGAGAGUGUCUUCACUACAUCCGUUGCCACGGCAGCAUCGAUCUCGGAGCAUGUUCUCGCUGGCAGGACCGCCCUGCAGAUCGGGGACGGCCUCAAUCCCCAGAAGGCCACCCUCAUCGUCGUCCACACCGACGGGAGCAUCGUGGACGCCACGGGGUUAAAGGCGACGGGCACGCCCAUCACUCCUGGUCCCCAGACGCCAUCCACCCCGAUGACCCCCGGGCACGAGAAGGACGGCUCCAAGUACAACUGGGACCCGUCCGUCUACGACAACGAGCUUCCCGUGCGCUGCCGAAACACCAGCGGAAUGCUGUACAAAAACAGGCUGGGCUCAGGAGGGAAGGGGCGCUGCAUUCGGCAUAAUAACAGCUGGUACACGCCCACGGAGUUCGAGUGCAUGUCCGGCAGGGCCAGCAGCAAGGACUGGAAGAGAAGCAUCCGCUACGCGGGACGCCCCCUGCAGUGCCUCAUACAGGAGCGGAUCCUGAACCCCCACGCGGCCUCAUGCACGUGUGCGGCCUGCUGCGACGACCUGCCUGUGUGCACCAAGGAUGGAGAUUCUUUCAGAGCGGACAACGUAAACAUGACCGGCCCGGUCAGACUGUUCGUCCCGUACAAGAGACGGAAGAAGGACAGCGAGCGCCCCGUCACCCCCGAAAAGAAAGAAGUCCAGGUCCAGUCUCCGAAAAACAUCACCCUGACCCCCGGAGCCACGUUCACAGUUAUGACGUCACUUCCUGUCCCUCCAGUCACAGUGACGCCGUCGGGGCAGAUCACGACCUCGGGCACGCUGACCUUCGACAGGACGCCCGUGGGCGACGCCACCGCCGUCAUCUCCGAGAGCCCGGCGCAGGCGGACGUCUUCGCUGGCACGGCGGUGACGCUGACGUCCCUGCCGGCCCUGGCCAUGGCCCCCCAGGCUCUGCAGCCCAAGCCCGAGUCGGUGGGCGUGGCCAACGGGCUGGACGCCUCCGAGCAGCGCACCUGGGCGUACCUGGAGGAGACGGCCAACGCCCUGAUGAGCACCGUGCAGCAGCUCAAAGUGCUGAUCCAGCAGGCCAAGCAGGCCAGCCACGCCCACAGCAAAGGCCCCGCCCCCCGCAAGGACUCCUUCCAGGGUCAGAUGACCUUUCAACCCUCUGAUGACCCUGAUGGGAAACACACUGAGGUUAUCAUUAAGCAAAUGUGUGUGAAUUGUGGCCGGGAGGCCAGCAGCGAGUGCACCGGCUGCCACAAGGUCAACUACUGCUCUGUCUUCUGCCAGAGGAAGGACUGGAGGGAUCACCAGCAUACCUGUUGCCAGCCAGGUGCUGUGGUCUCCAUGCAGGAGGAGGUGCAGGGCGGAGUGGUGGAGGUGGAGAAAGUCAAAGCCUAGCAGAUCUCUCUGUUUCCCGGGCAACAGAGUACUCAGGGCCCCUCCCCCAUGCACAGCACACUCUCUCACACACACACA